AUUUUUCUCCAAAAAGUUUAAAGUUUCCCUGUUUUGUUUCGCCUUCCGACCUCUUAUCUUUCUUUCUUUCUCGGGUUCCCAUCUCCCUCAAAUUGGGAACCUGAAAAUCGAUUCCUCAACUUCACAAUCAUUUUUCCAGAAUGGGUCUAAAGCUCUCAAGAGGGCCUGGAAAAGAGAAAUCAGCUCUAGAACUAAGGCCUCACAUUCUGACCUACCUAACCACAAAUUCUUACCUACGUAACUUGGUGUCCAAGAAACGAAGACGGUUAACCAUGGGUGGAUAUGAUCUCGACAUGUCUUAUAUCUCCGACAAAUUGUUGGCUAUGUCCUUUCCCGCCGAACGAAUGAGAGCAGUUUAUAGAAACCCUCUUUGGCAAGUCAAGUCUGUGCUUGAUAUGCGACAUCAUAAUCACUACAAGGUCUAUAACCUAUGCAUAGAAGAAUGUUAUGACCCAGAAAACUUCUACGGCCGCGUGGAGAGAUUCCCAUUUGAUGACAACCAUGUCCCAACUCUUAAAAUGAUCCAACUUUUCUGCCAAAGUGUUCAUUCUUGGCUCUCAUUAGAUCCCAAAAACAUCGCAGUGGUGCACUGCAUGGCAGGAAAAGGCAGAACAGGACUAAUGGUGUCAGCAUACCUUGUCUAUGGUGGAAUGUCAGCUGAGGAAGCUCUAGAGAUGUACGCAAACAGAAGAACCACAAACAAUAAUGGAGUCUCGAUACCUAGCCAGCGUCGUUAUGUGAAAUACUGGUCACAUUUACUCUCGUUUGGUAAAAGAAUUGGAAACAGACCUCCAGAGGUUAAACUACCUCAAGAACAUAGCAGAGAGUUGCUGAGAAUUAGACUUUACGAUACCGUCAAUGUUGAUUCUGUCUUCUUUGUGGUCUCAGAACUUCAGGAGGUUCCCAAUGAGUUGUAUCCACCAUCUGUAGAACUUUCAAGAGGUUGUUGUAGACAAUUCAAGAAAGGGUACUUUAGAAGCUUGAGUCCACGGUAUUAUAUAUCUCAUUCCCAUAUGAACUGUGAUUCCGAAGAAGAAGAGGUGCUAACAAAUAGACAAGAACCGCGUCUUGUUGUUCAAAUGGAUACAGAGAGUUCUAUCAUCGACGAGAAAACAUGUCUUGACUUCUACUUUGACAAACCUGUCAGAGUGAGUGGAGAUAUACGCAUCACAUUCUAUCAGAAAAUGAUUGGAAGCCGUCUCUUUUAUACUUGCUUCAACACAGCCUUUAUAACCAAUGGACUGCUUCAGUUUUCCAUAGGAGAGCUAGAUAAAGUUGGUGGUAAUGGAAGAUCAAUAUCUGGUCCUGACUUUAGUUUGGAGUUGCUUUUUACUCCAGCUAGUUCCAAAUCAGGAAAGCUUCUUUCCCGAGAUGACCUUUGUCUCCCUUGAGGCCUCUGUUUCGGCUCCUUCAAACCCGAGUAGUUGAAGCCACAAAAGAGUUAUGAAUACUGAGCUGAUGCUGCAAACACCUCCAUUUCUUACACCGACAUUUCUCCUGUUCAAAAGCAGAGGCAAAUGAGAAAUCUUGAAACACUAGCAGCAAGUAGCUAAUGCAAAUGGCACAUAACAUAUAGUUUUCUCAACAAUUUUUUUUUGUAGCAGGGACUGUAAUUUUGGUAAAUGAUAGACAUUAAUGUAAAAUUGUUACUAUCUUGCCAUCCAUUUUUCACUAG